AUGAUGGUUUUUCAUUGGUCCUAUGAAAAUAGUCCACUAUUGUUUCCAGGUUGGGUAUUCAAUAGUCCUGGUGCAUAUGCAUUAACCCUAAUGAUUUGUUUUGCAAUUUCUAUGUUUUCAGAAUGGUGGUCAACCUAUAGACAUUCUCUUAAUACCAGAGUUAGUGACAACAAUACCAUAUUUAUUAAAAGAGAUGAUCAUUUUUCAAUUAAAGAACUUUACAAUAAAUUUUUAGAUAGUCAUCUUUGGAAAACAAUCGUGCAUAUGGUUGCAUUUACAAUUAACUAUAUGGUUAUGUUUUUUGUAAUGUCCUUUAAUGGUGGUAUUGCCAUUUCUGUUAUUUUAGGUAUAGGUACAGGUUACUUUUUAUUUGCUAAAAAGAGAUAUGUUGCAGUAGUAGAUGAUCUCUGUCAUUAA